UCAGUUACUUGUGAGUAAAUGAAUACCGCAUUUCAAUCGUGUCUAAUAUCACCUGGUUAUCAAAUGUGCAGUUAACGACUACUGCUACUUUUGUGUAUGUAAAUUCUUAAUUUCAUAUCUGUGUAAAGUAUGUCUCGGUAAAUCAGGCAGAUGACGUCUGCAGCUCUGUAGCAUCGCAUGACAAAGAUUUACGAGAGGUUGCUAGUUCCGACGUCUUUAAUUCAGUUUGUUGUUCUUCACUGGUGAAACAGUAGGUUAGAAGGUAACUGAAGAUUAACCGCAUUGAUACCACUGUCAGCAAACUGCAGCAAGUCAUAGGACAGAAGGGUAUGGUGGAGUGAGUAGAUCUCGACGCAGCCGAGAAGCCGUCUGCACGGGACUUGCACCUGUGUCUGUGUACUCUGCACGAGACAGGAGUAGCAGGUGCUGAAGAUGACGUCACAGCAGGUGCAAUGGGCGGGAUGGCCGGUGCUUGUGGUGCUGGCGGCGCUGUUCUGGCCGCUGUGGCGAUGGUGGUGGGGGCGGCAGCGGCUGCGGCAGCUGGCGGCGCGCAUCCCGGGGCCCGAACCAUGGCCUCUGGUGGGCAACGCGCCGCUCUUCUGCAGGAAUCCCCAGCGCGCCAUCCAGACGGUGCUGGCGCUCAUAGAGCAAUACGGACCCACCGUCCGUGUCUGGAUCGGCUCCAAACUCUACAUUGUCGUCACUGACCCUCAGGACAUCGCGUGCGUGCUGGGGAAUUCUUCAGUGAUUUCCCGUGACAGCUACAUCAACAGACUAGCCAGCAAUUUAAUGGGCCAGUCCCUGAUCACAGCCAGCGGAGAACUGUGGAAGGCGCACCGCAAGAUCGUCGCACCAGCCUUCAGCUCCAACGUCCUGCAGGACAUGGUGCCCGAGCUGUCGCGGCAGGCUGAGCAGCUGUCGGCGACGCUGGCCGACUUGGCGGACGGCGCGACGCUGGACGUGUUCCCGUACGUGGCGGCGGCCGUGCUGGAGGCGCUGCUGGCGCGCAGCGUCGCCAUCGUCGAGGAGAAGUUCUGCAAGCCCUGGCUGUGGGCCUGCGGCUGGCUCUACCGCCGCACCGCACUCUACCGCGACGAGGCGCGCACGCUCGCCGAGCUCAACGCCUUCUCGCAGGAGGUCAUCGCCCAGCGCGCCUGCCGCCGGCAGGAGGCUGCGGGCGGGGACAGUCGAGACAAGCAGGUGGUGCUGGACUACCUGCUGGCGGCCACGGAGUCUGGCGGCCGCCUCAGCGAGACUGAGCUGCAGGACGAGGUGAACACGCUGCUGUCGGCGGGCUACGAGACCACGGCCACCACCAUCUGCUUCGCGCUGCUGCUGCUCGGCAUGUACCCGCGCGUGCAGGACAACCUGGUCGCAGAGCUGGACGCCGUCUUCGGAGACGACCCGCAGCGAACCCCCACAGCGGCUGACCUGCGGCGCCUGCAUUAUCUCGACGCUGUCAUUAAAGAGACGCUGCGGCUGUUCCCGCCGGCGCCGAUCAUCCACCGCGAGGUGGAGACGUCGGAGCUGAAGAUCGGCGGCUGCACGCUGCCGGUGGGCGCCUCGGUGCUGGUGCUGAGCUACUCGGCGCACCGCCACCCCGACCACUUCGACAGCCCGCAGCACUUCUGCCCGGAGCGCUUCUCGGAGCCGCGCGCGCGGCCGCGCCACCCGUACGCGUACGUGCCGUUCGGCGCGGGCCCGCGCAUCUGCGUGGGGCGCGCCUACGGCCUGCUGCUGGCCAAGGCGGCCGUGGCGGCCGUGCUGCGCCGCCUGCGCGUCGAGUCGCGCCUCACUCGAGGCCGGCUUCCCCGUCGAGCUGUUCCCGCGCUACCCCGGCUACUACCGCCCGGAGGCGCCGGCGCCGGCGCCGCCCGUCUGCGGCCUCCUCCACAGGCGUCUCUCCGCGGCUCACAUCUCGGCCACGAUACCUCAAGAGGAGGAGCCGGAGUACAUCGAGACGGCGCCGCGGCGCGCCAGCUACAACUGGUGAGGGCGGGCGGACUAUCGGCAAACAGAUUACACGGGACGCGACAAGUGCUGCGGAGGCGGCUUGCGGCCUGCCGUGGACGCGGCCGCUGUCCGAAGGCGCUGCGCAGGCGGCUGACCACGGGCUCAGCAUCACCCCUCCACUGCGGGCGUCUGCAGCGACUCAGAAUGCCCAACACCCAGGCAGUUUCAGAUACCGUCUCGACGGUAGAGUGAGAUCGUUUCAUGACGAUCUCAUUGAAUUUCCAAGUGUGUUCGUUAUUAUAGUUUUGUUGCUAUAGUUAAUACUUGUUCCCAUUUCCAGAAAGCUUAAAUAACGUAGUGCGUUAAGAACAAUCUUGUUAAUUUUUUUUUUUCGGGUCAUUAGUCUCUUGACUUGUUUGAUGAGGCCCGCCACGAAUUCCUCGCCUCUGCCAACCUCUUCAUCCCGUAGGAGCAUUUGCAACCUAUGUCCACAAUUAUUUGGUUUAUGUAUUCCAGUCUCUUUCUUUCUCUAUAGUUUUUCCCUCUAAAGCUCCCUCUAGUGCCAUAGAAGUUUUCCCGUGAUGACUUAACGUAUGUCCUAUCGUUCUGUCCCUUCUACUUGUCACGUUUGCAAAGUAUUCCUUUCCUCGUUGGUUUUCUGGAGAACCAUCCUAUUUCCUUUCCUAUCAGUCAAAAUAAUUUCCAACAUUCUUCUAUAGUACCACAUCUCAGAUACUUCAAAUCUCUUUUUUCCCGGUUUUCCCACAGUUCAUGUUUCACUACCGUACAAUGCUGUGCUCCAAACGUUCACUCUCAGAAAUUUCUUCUUAAAAUUAAGGCCUAUGUUUGUUAUUAGUAGACUAGUGCCAUGGAAGUUGUCCCGUAUGUCUUAACGUAUGUCCUACCAUUCUGUCCCUUCGGCUUGUCACGUUUGACAAGUAUUCCUUUCCUCGUUGGUUCUCUGGAGAACCAUUUCCUUUCAUCUCUUAUCAGUCAAAAUAAUUUCCAACAUUCGUCUGUAGUACCACAUCUCAGACACUUCAAACCUCUUUUUUUUCAGGUUUCCCACAGUCCACGUUUCACUACCAUUAAAUGCUGUGCUUCAAAGGUACAUUCUCAGAAAUUACUUCUUAAAAUUAAGGCUUAUGUUUGUUAUUAGUAGACUUCCCUGGGCCAAGAACGCCAUUUUUGGUAGUGGUAAUCUCUUUUUUAUGUCCCCUUUCCUCCGUCCGUCAUAGGUUAUUUUGCUGCCAAGGUAAUAGAAUUCUUUAACUACAUCUCCAUCGCGGUCACCCAUCCUGACGUCGCAUUUGUCGCUGUAAAAUACAGGAAAAUGUGUGAAAUUCUCAGACAAAUUCGGGCAAAUUAUAGGCACGAACGGGUAAUAUACAGUAUGUAGAAGAAGCAAGACUGGGCGACCAAGAACGAAGUGCUCGUAUAAAAAAGGG